GUCAGGCUCUGAAGAGACAAGCCCAGAUCAGCAGGGUGAAGCCCCGGGACUUAAGAGAAUGCAGAGAUCAUGCUUAGAGAUGCUCUGGAGAGAGCUCUGAGCGAACUUCAGUAAAAGAGUCCUGAGGAGCGCUCAGGGAGCGGGGGCCGAGAGUUCUGGGGGAGUGAGGUGGGAUCCGGCGCAGAGAACCCCAGGGUGGGGAGCAGGUAGAGAGAAGCGAUAGUGAGAUAGCUGAGCGGAGAUCCGCCCAUCAGAAACACAACGCUGGAUCACAUUCGAGACACCCCGGAGGGCGAUCAUUUGGAACUUACCCGGAGAGUUCCAGAUUCUCUUGCUCUCCCAGCUAUUAAGAAAUCAAAAAGUAUAAAACCCAUGAAAUCAUGCAAAAUAAAUUAAUGAACUAUCGUUUUUUUUAAUGAAAGAAAGAGAAAAAGUAUAUCUCAUCCAUUCAUUCUAAGUUCAUCAGUUCUCUCUCUGGAGAUGGAUAACAUUUUUUAUUAUGAGCUCUUGGGAACUGUGAAAAAGAACCAGAGCAGGAAAGGGACUACCUCAACAACACCAAAACUUGUAUCAUUGUGGGUGAGAGUGGAGACCAGGACCUUCUCCACUGAGCAGUGAGCUCAACAUCCUCUACUACGCCGUCCUCUAUGGCCAUGGAGACUCCCAACGGAACAGAGCCAUGGUAUGAAAGCCUGCAGGCGGUUCUGAAAGCACUGAAUGCCACAUUACACAGGAGCCUUCCUUGCCGACCAGGACCCGUGCCAGGACCGCUGCUGGGUAACCAGACCCGCGCUCUCCACACUGGCCGAGAUGAUAAUUCCUACAUGUACAUCCUUUUUGUCAUGUUUCUCUUUGCUGCCACAGUGGGCAGCCUCAUCCUGGGCUACACUCGCUCCCGCAAGGUGGACAAGCGCAGUGACCCUUACCAUGUCUACAUCAAGAAUCGUGUGUCAAUGAUCUGAAGCUGAAUGUUUGGCAAGGGAGUGGCCUUGGGCCCUCUGAGGCUGGCAGAGACCCCAAAGUUCCAGCCUUUCAGAUCUCCGGGGUUGAAUCUGGCUGCACCAAAGAUCAUCCUAGAAUUUAGUGCCAGGUCCACAUCAGGUCUCAACCCUCUCAAAAACUGAAGUCUAAAGAGAGAAAAUGAUCUGUCUUAUGUGACGCAGGUGACUCAGCCCCUCAAUGCUCCCAUAUGUCAUUCAGUUCACCAAACAUUCACUGCUCUGUUCACAGUGCUAUGGUCAGACCUGUGGGACACACAUCAAAAAAUAAAACAGUCUGUGUUCUCAUGUACCUUAUAUUCAGGUAAAGGAGACAUGUGCACAGAUAAUCAAUACAAAGCAGAUCAUGCUAAGGACCAGAAUGAUUGUAUAGACAUAGGGCUGGAUGGACAGAGUACUUUAAAGGAGAGAAUAUUUCCAGCUGGGGGUGAUGAGCAAGGUUGGCAUCCGGAUGGAGAUGGAAGACCAAGGAAGUCUUCCUGGAAGAGGAGGAAGUCUUUGAACUGUGUGUGUGUCAGGCAAAGCAAUAUAGAAAGUAAGGUCUGGUCCACAGGAAGCAAAUGUGCCUUAAUGUUGCCACCUAGGGCAUUCAGAAAAGCCAUUUGAAAGACCUGAUAGCACUCAAUCCUGUGAAUCAACUACUGCCUUCCAACAUUUUUCUAGCAGUAAAUGAGCAAAAAUAGGUCUGUGAAAGUCAGUGAAAUUGAGAGCAAACAAAUCUUCACUGGCAGGCCCAGAGUCGUGGCACCGUGGCACAGCGUGGUGGAUUGUGGGCAGAGUAGGUAGAAACAAGAUUGAGGAAUCUGGGCAUCUCCCCAGCCGUAGCUGUGUUAGGCUCUGGGAUCAACUCCUUGUGAGUGAAUGUUAAGUCCCCGCGGUUUCCUUCUGUGAGUUUCCCAACUCAGGUGUCCUAGGAGAAUGGGGGUACCUCGCGGAGGCUCUAUUUGUCUGUCCAGAGCUAGUUAUCAGGAGCAAGCCGGGGUCACGGAGCUUGCCGCUCUGAUAACAAUGAAUGACCUCUGCUGAUUUAGCUGACUCUGGGAAUGUCGGUCUCAAGCCCUCCCUCUCCUCCAUGAUGAAGGACUAAUUUAAAAGAAAAGCCUGACAUUUAUAAAGGAUUUAAAAUCAGAAUUAUGGAGAGAGGUGAAGGAAUUACAGGUAAAGGAAGAGUUGGUGAGCAGAGCAUGGGGAAGGAUGGAAUUGUGGGUCAUCCAACCGGCUAAGACAUAAAGUACAUGAUGGGGAGAUGCUCGAAAGCACUGAUGAGGGAUUCAAGGCCUGGAAGGCUUUGAAUGCUACAUUGAGGAGUCUGAAUGUUGCCUUGUGGGCUACUUGGAGUUACAGGGGAAAGGUGGUUUGAAAAGAUGACAAAUGAGGGGAAGAAGGACAACUGACAAUCAGAUACCUCACUCCAGACAGAACUUUAGAAAUCCUAGCAUGGGUCUCAGGGACAAGUAGCUGAGAUAACUACUAGGCACACUGAGCCUUGGUCACCCCCUCCACCGCUCCAUCCUAUGGUAUUCCUACCCAUCAAGCUUUCAGAUGUCGCCUUUGACCAUCCAGGAACAAAUCAGUCAGAAGGACAAGGCAUAAUGUCAAUGACAGAAAAGAGAAGACUGGGGGAAGAUGGGGAAGCAGAGAGGAGACAGUGGACUGGGUUACUGGAAUGUCCUUUUCUGUUUAAAAUAAUAACAAUCUCUCAA